AUGAGUGCUGUUCCUAAUGGUGAUUUAAACAAUACUUCAGCUGAGCGCAUCCGAGCCGAAAUUGCGAUAGAUACAGCCUAUCAAGGCUUGUCUCUCGCAAUACCCGCUUCUGAAGAUGAUGCCGAGGUCAGAAGAAAGUAUCGUCCCUUUGUUUUGGAGGCAGAAGAUGCCAAGUCGGAUUGGAUCUCACAGCUGGAACUCAGCACGGCGUUGAAGAUGGUGGAUACCCAAGUCCUCAAGUGUGGUGAGGACCGACUGAGGGUUCUAGUGCUGCAUGGAAGCAUGCGACAACGAUCAUACUCGCGUCUGUUAGCUUACGAAGCUAGUCGAAUACUGUUCAGACUAGGCUGUGACGUCCGCAUGUACGAUCCCGCUGGCCUACCUGUCAAGGACGAUGACCAUUCACAUCCAAAAGUGCAAGAGCUGCGCGAUCUCAGUAAAUGGAGCGAUGGGCAUGUCUGGAUCAGCCCUGAACAGCACGGAAACCUCGUAUGUAUCUCUCGAGACAUAUACCGCUCCUCAAGCCAGGCUGACACAACAAAAGACGGCAGUGUUCAAGAAUCAAAUCGACUGGAUUCCUCUCUCCACUGGCUCUGUUCGCCCGACACAGGGUCGCACCCUCGCAAUCGCUCAAGUUAA